GCGAAAGAGGAGAAACAGAAAUGGCUUAUCGAAUCGAAAAGUUCCAAACAAGUUCGAAGACGAAAAGGAAAGAGAGAGAGAGAGAGAGAGAGAGAGAGAGAGAGAUGAGAUGAGUGAGAUAAUUAUGUUUACUUUUCAUUUCGGUUGCAAGAAAUUAAAUCAACUUCAUUUCGAGUUUAAAUAAACACCGAUUGUGUAUCUUUCCAUUAACAGCAAUAUAAUCAAAUGUGAACAAUUAACUUUCGUUUAAUAUCAUAUGUAACUGUUGAUUUUGUCAACACAAUUUCACCAAUGAUAAUCUGUCAACAAUUAUAUUGAUCAAGUGUCACCUCCAAUUUGGACAAUUAGGAGUUAAUUUAGUAAAUUAUUACAAUUGUUUCUUCAUUUUUUCUUAUUGACCAUAAUUAACAUUUGAUCAACAAUUAACUCAAAGGAAUACAAAGUUUCAUCAAUGGACAUUUGAAUCUAUUAAUUGUUGCAUUUUUGUUAUAAGAAAAAUUAAUUUCGUUUCAACAAUUUAAAUUGUUCCUUUGGAUUGACAAUCAUGACAAUCAACACUUUAUAUCUGAUACUCACGAUCUGUUUUAGUGUUUUUCAUGGUUACAAUGGACUACAAUUUGGUAAUAGAUUGGAGCCAAUAUAUAAAUCUAUUAAAUCACCAGCAAUAAUUGCCAAAAAAAGUAAAUAUGAGAAUCAAGAGCCAUCUCAUUAUCAACACAUGACAAGUAGUAAAUCAAUUCACUUUCCCGCCAAUGUGUUUGGAUCCAUUUUGAAUUCACCUUCAUCGGCAAUAUCAGCGUUGUCUUCACAAAUUGAUUCAUCAAGUCCAGUUUCACUGACCAUUGCAAUGAAAUUACAGCCCAAGAAACGUUAUCGUAAAUUUAAAUUGCCUGAGGCUGAUUUGUCACCAGAUGAAAGCGUUAAUCCAAUAGUAUUGAAAAGUGAUCAGGUUAAUAGUGCUGUUGGUUUAUUGCUAAAGCGAACUGGUCACCUUAAUAAUGAGAUAUCGGCUGUCAGGUCAACUCGAAAGCCAAAGUACCGAGUAAGCAAGAUUACAGUUCCUGGUAAUCAUCAAAAAACUAGGCCACAAUCAGCGUUGGCAAAGUUUGAGAUAAAACGGCAAAAGACUGGCCUCCAGUCCAAACCAGUGGAGCAAAUUUUAUUUCCUAUUCAAUUGUCCAGUGAAAGGUCAAGAGGAUCCGACGUUUUCCCUUCAAAUCGGAAACGGAAAGUUAAAUUUGCCAAGCAGAAUUUCAGUCUAGUUGGUUCAUUAAUAACAGCUCCACCUUCAGAUAAAUCAAAACUGACCAUUCCAAAGCCUAUGAGUGACUGGUCAGAUCGUCGUAUAAUUAGUUCGUAUCGUCCUAAAGUGACCACACCAAGGACUGUUACUAAAUCUAAACCGAUAGUUGAUGAGAUGACAAGUCCAUCAAAGAAAAGUGAGUCAACUCUACAUUCGGGUAAAAUAAUAAUCUCACCAACAACACCAAAUCCUCCGUUCGAGGUGACGAAUAAACCGAAAAUGUCCAAUAGUCAGAAACAGAUCGGUAAAGAUCAACAAUCACCUUCAGUAAAUAUUGCUCGUAAUCUUGGUAACCAUGGAGCAGUUUUAUUGGCUUCCGGUCAAUUAAGUCACACUAACAAGUCAAAGAUCACCAGAGUUCCACUUGAACCGUUAGAUUAUGAAACGGAAUUGGAUAAAAGUCAUUCGGAGAAUCUAAUGGAAAGGACUAAGCAACUUGGUCCAUAUGAGUUAUCACCGUUUUCGGCCAUUGAAACGUCGGGUAACGAAAAUAUCGAUAGAGUUGACAGAGCACAAGAACCAGUGACCUCGCCACCAUCGCAAUUUACACGAUCACCAUUAAAUCAAAUUUCUUCGAGUGUUAAACCCAAUUCAAAGUUCGGUUACGCCGAAGAGAUUUUAUCCACUCCGCCGACAACCUCCAAUUAUGAUUAUAAACGAAAUCGUGGAUCACAAUCUAAUGCUGAAUCGUCGAUUCGGUCUAUUGCUAAUGCUAUUGAUUCUCGACGAAAUAAUAUAAUUAAAUACGAUUAUGGACAUUUCGGUGAGCGAAUGGUUCCUCUUAGACAAUCUGAUUCAAGUUUCGCAGCGACGACACCGACUACAAGCACAACCACAACAACUACACCGAAACCGUCAGUGGUUAUUGCGACUAAUCAACCAGUUGAACCAUCAAAUGUUUACUUUGAUUCAAAUCCAACACCAAGUUCAAAUGAAAUGACUGAUUCCGAACUUGAAACAGUUCGAGAAAAUGAUAUCGACGCUCAAGAGACAACAACCACAGCUGAUCCAUUGAUUGAAGGAAAUUUGGUUAUCGGAAGUACAGUUACUCCCUGGUCAUGGGAUGAUUCGGCCUCAGGCGAUGGUGGUGCUGGUGAUGAUGGACUUUUAGUCUCACCAUUAUUUGCAUCUUCUAAUGAUGAUGAUGAAAUUCAAAGGAACCAAGAGUAUAAACAAACAUCUCCCCAAGAAUCAACCACCACUCCAAGUGUCUUCGUUACCGAGAGACCAUUUAAAGAUCAAACGAGCUACACGAAAAUGCCAACUUCCGAUGUUGAAAGCGGUCGAGAUACGACCAGAUAUUUUUUCCCAUUCGAAUUGAAAUAUUUGGCUCAGUUGUGCAAGAAUAGCAGUGCCUUUGGGCUGACCAAUAGUGUACCUACAACAACACCGAUUCCAAGCACCAGCACAUCUACAACGACAACUCCAAGACCAACAAGUCGACCAAUUGAAGAGUUAACAGUUGAAAGGUCACAAAUUGAUGAAUCUUUGGUUAACUAUGGAGACAGGCCGAUAGGGAGAGGACGAAAAAAUCGUUAUAACAUGAAAAAAGUUGCUUACCAAUACAAACCAUUGGGUAACUCGAUUGUGAGACAAUCAUCACCUUCACCGCCGUCGACUGCAAAUUUAUAUUCAAAUGAACGUCGAUACAAAACUGUAACAUCACAAUUUUCACCAAACAAACGGCGACCUGAGCCAAUCACGACUACAACACCAAUUCCAACAUCAAUUGAAUCAGAUACUGAACUUUCAUCUGAUCCACAAACAGAAGUACCUAAAGAAGAUGAUGUUAGAACCGUUCAACCCUACCCAUUGAAUCACGAGUAUCGAUAUGAAGCCCCGUUCCAAGACCAUGGAGGUCACGGUGAACCAAUCGGUACAAGUCAUUUUGUUGAAGAUGUUGAUCUAAAGGCAACCGAAACAACUGAACCAUUGAAAUCACAAACUGACGAAAAUGUCUACGAACCAAUUUCCUAUGAUGAAGAUAAAAAUGCCUUUGAAAAUUUCGAGCUUCCCUUACCAAGAAUAAGGUCAAAAAACACAUUAAACUCAGAUAGUAAACCUAAAGGUCAACAACAAGUCAAUCCAAAGAAAAUGACCUUUGAAUCUGAACCAAAUGAAUCGCCUUCUAAAACUUUAAAGGCUCCAUUGAUUUCGUCCGAUGAGAAACUCAAGGGGAAAAAAUAUCCACCCAGUAAAACACUAGAAAACAGCGGUGGUAUAUCAUCUUCGAUUCUCGAUGAACUGGCCGGAAUACCGGGCGGGGCAGGUAGAGAUUAUCCCGCUCUACAUAAGAUUCCGGAAGAGAUUGACUUCUCAUGUAAGGGAAGAGCAUCCGGAUUCUAUGCCGACAUGAAUCUCAGGUGUCAGGUUUACCAUCAUUGCAAUCAUGGGUCAGUUCAAUCGUUUAUCUGUCCCAAUGGAACGAUAUUCAAUCAAGAAAUAUCAGUUUGUAGUUGGUGGUUCAACGUCGAUUGUAGUAAAGCUGAACAAUUCUACGAACUGAAUAGUAAACCUCGAAUAGAACCAACUCAACCUCCGACACCACGUCCAGUUUAUCCAACGAAGGGACCAGAUGAUUCGUCGAAACGUCCGAGAAACAAUAAUAAUAAUAAUAAUAACAGCAAUAGAAUAAUUUAUAGACAAUCGCCCGCUCUGGAAGAAUCAUUUUUCCGUGAAACACCAAGAUCAUCAUAUUUAUCGACAACGAACCAUUAUUAUAAUAAUCGAAGCCGAAGGAGACAUCGAUUUAAUGAACAACGAUCAGAUGAUUUGUUUCCAUUCCUCUAGUCUCAUUUGAAGAGUUUUUCUUUCAUCGUUUUCUGUGUUAAUCCAAUUCAAUUAAUCUGAUUAAUCCACCAAUUUAUUAUUCCAUAAAACGACACCAAAUAGAAGCCUAUCUAUCUCUUCAUCAUCAGGGUGUCAUUUUCAUCUCCAUCUUCAUCUUCAUCUUCAUCUUUUUCAUCAUCUUUCAUAAACUUUCAUUUUUUUAUACUAAAAGUUUUUACCUCUUUGCCACUGUUUUAACCUCUACCCAAAUAUCAUUUGAAUUGAUCUCAUCUUGAUCAUUUUGAUUUUUCAAUUUUUGAUUGGGUUUUAUGGUUUGAUUGUUGUUUCUGAUCAUUGUAAGUCCAAUGUUAUCAUUGGAAAUUAAGUUAAUAACAAUUAAACUUUCAAACGAUAAUUAACUUUGAAUAAACACCAGAAUGAUGAUCAUUGGGAGAACAAAAAGUUGAUUUUUUUUUCUUUUCAUUUAAAAUCUUCCUUCCUUUUCUAUUCACUCUUUUUUACAGUAAGAAAUUGA